CUCCCGGUGCGCUCCCGGCCGGUCCCGCUGUCCAUGUCCCCCCGGGCCGCCCCGCCGCGGUUCGGGCCGCUGCAGUUGGCGCUGGCGGCGGCGGGGACGGCGGCGGCGGCGCUGGAUGUGUUCACGGACGGCUGGGUGGCGGUGGAGUACGUGCGGCGCGGGCAGCCGGGCUGGGCCGCGCUGUCGCUGUCGCUGCUCGCCGCCGCCUCGGCCGCCGCCCAGGCCUGCAGCUGGUUCUGGCUGCGCUCCGACCCGCCCGCGCUGCGCCCCGCCGUGCCCGCCAAGCUGCUCGCCGCCCUGCACCUCCUGCAGCUCGGCUUUCUCUUCAGGUGCCUCCACGCUCUGAAGGUGGGCUGGAAGGUGUGCUGGGCGAAGGCAGAGGAGGAGGAGGAGCAGAGACACAUGGCCUUCCUCUCCCACGACAUCAGCAUGCUGCGGCUCUUCGAGACCUUCCUGGAGAACACCCCGCAGCUCACCCUGCUCCUCUACAUUAUCCUACAGACAAACAAGGCCGAGAUCUCCCAGGGCCUGGGGGUCGGCACUGCGCUCCUGUGUGUGUCCUGGGCUCUGCUGGACUACCACCAGUCCCUGCGCUCCUUCCUGCAGGACAAGUACGAGCUGAGCCGGGGCUCCUCCUUCAUCUACUUCCUGUGGAACCUCUUCCUCAUCUGUCCCCGCAUCCUGGCGGUCGCCCUCUUCGCCCUGCUCUGGCCCUACGGCGUGGCUGUCCACUUCCCACUCGUGUGGCUGGCCAUGUUCCUCUGGGUCAGCCUGCAGGGCACGGACUUCAUGGAGUCCCCUGGCCCUGAGCAGCUUUACCGGGCCAUGGUGGCCGUGAUCCUCUACUUCAGCUGGUUCAACGUGGCGCCGGGGAGGACCCUGCACCGCAGCAUCAUCUACCACGGCUUCAUCCUGGUGGACAGCACACUGCUGGCUCUCUCCUGGCUCUGGGGCCGGGCCCCCUCUGAGGAGCACUGGUACCUCAUCCCAGUGGUCUCUGCAGCCCUGCCCUGCUACCUGCUGGGGCUGGGGCUGAGGGUCACCUACUACAAGUGGCUGCACCCCAACGUGCAGGUGCAGCAGGAAGGUGGCUAUGAUGAGGUGGAUGCCAAUGGAGGGACUGACGGGCUGGAGUUCCGCUCGUUCUCUGAGCCAGACCUCGUGAACAGGCGGAUGCAGUGCCUGGCCCAGAGCCAGUUCCCGCUGUCCCAGCUGCCACAGCAGCGCUUCCUGAAUGGGGCUGCUGCCCUCGAGUCUGCUGCCUGAGGGCAGCUCCUCCAAAGGGACGUGCAGGGGAGGUAUAUUUGUUAGUUGUGGUCCUGGUUCUGCUCCCCCAGGCUGUUGUUUUGGGCAGCUGGAGAGAGCUGGCAGGAACCAGGGAUGAUGUGGAAAUGCACAAGGAGUUCCACGGCACAGAGCGUGGCUCCCAUGGUUGCACCCUCAAGGAAAGCCACAGUGUUUGUGGCAGGUCCAGCACACUGUGCCAUGUGGCAGGUCCAGCAUGUGUGCAGUGCCGUGUCAGCUUUCCUUGUUAUUUAUUAUUAGCUUGUUCAAAAGAAAAAAACUCAAGAGCA